AUGUCUUCUCAAAAUAAAUGGGAGAAGACGUUGAGCAUCUCGAAAAAGGGCUUUGACAAAGCAUGGGACACCGUCGACAAGCUGGGCGGCCCCGUCAACCGCCUGUCACAUAAGCUGGGUGCCGAAGCCUUCUGGCCCAUGACAAUCGAUAAGGAAGCCGACAAAGCCGCGCGCAUCCUACGCAGUUUCUGUAAAGAUGGAUUCUACGCCCCCGAUUCCUCAAGUGGCACCGAUGAGAAUGGAAAGAUCAAUCGCCCCAAGGGCAGACAACGCGUUAUUCAGAAGAUCCCAUCAAAAGUCCUCAAAAAUGCCAAGGGAGUUGCCAUUUUCACGACUAUGCGCACCGGUCUGUGGAUGAGUGGCUCUGGUGGUAGUGGCGUGCUGAUUGGUCGCAUCCCCGAGACCGGCGAGUGGAGCCCCCCAUCUGGUAUCAUGUUACACACAGCCGGGAUAGGCUUCCUCGCUGGUGUUGACAUUUACGACUGCGUGGUCAUCAUCAACAGCUAUGACGCGCUCAACGCAUUUAAGAAAUUCCGGUGCACCCUUGGUGGCGAGAUUAGCGCUGCUGCGGGCCCCGUCGGUGUGGGUGGUGUCCUCGAAUCCGAAGUGCACAAACGCCAGGCACCAAUUUGGACAUAUAUGAAGAGCAAGGGGCUGUACGCGGGUGUCGCGGUCGAUGGCACGAUCAUCAUUGAGCGAACGGACGAGAACGAGCGCUUCUACGGCGAGCGGAUAUCCGUCGACGAAAUUCUCUCCGGCAAAAUCCGACAUCCACCUUACGAGCUCGCUACCCUCAUGCAAACAUUGAAGGCCGCACAAGGCGACACCGACGUCGACGGGAGUCUCAUUCCGCCACCGGGCGAAACACCUGGCGAUAUGGAAUUGACGGAAGACGGACAACAAAUCUUUGGCGUGCCGGCUGUGGACGACCCCGAUCCGUAUGGAGUGAAGGCGCUGGAGGCGGAGGGGCUUUUCAUCCGCGAGGCCGGCACGAAAGCGAGGCCCAGCCAUGAGACAUUUGAAUUUCGGCCUAACCUAGACAGUCCUAUUUAUAGCACUUUCUCGCGGCGCAGUAUGGAUAGCUCGCCGCGUAAUAGCUGGCGUGCUAGUGUGCAGAGCGCCAAGAGCUAUGCUAGUGUCAACCGUGGCACGCAAACGAUUGAUGAGCCGCUGGUCGAGCCCACGUCUGUGAGCCGUGCGUCUUCCCGCAGGUCGAAGGGAUCGUCUAUUGGCCGUCAACCGAUGAAUACCUGGGACGAAAAUGAGCCUCAUUGGGAUACGAUUGCUAUCCAUGGCAAUGAAGAACACGUGAAGGUCCGCCAAUUGGAAGGCGAGGAGGCGGAGCAUAGGAGAGCGAAAACGGAUGCCUGCCCAGAUGCACACGAUGACCCCGCGUUCGAGGAUGAAGACGAGCACUUUGAGAUCCACGAGCUUGGCAAUGUCAAGGUCACACCAAUGGAGAUUGUCCCAGCCUCGCCGUCGAAGGUGGAAGACCAGACGACAGGCAAGCCUACAUCGCCUAGCUUCACCCGGGCUCGUCUAGUCACAAUCCCGGCACGCACCCCGCCCCCCUUGCCUCCGCGACACCCCGGCCACGUCCGGGGCUCUGGCUCAAGCCGUGCCUCAAUGUCGCCAACAGCGCCCUCAUAUUCUAGCCGUAACACCUCACCUACAGACGCCACCGAGGUGGUGGAGAAUACCGAACAUUUGGAUGAAACUCCCCACGCCAUUCCAUUCCCCGAGACCAAGACCUCUCCCCAUGUCACUCCUGCGAGCGAUGACGAGGAGAUUGUCGAGAAGGACGAAUUCCACUCUGUCGACGGCGAGUCGGAGGAUGAGGAUAACGUCAUUCUCCUCGAAGACCAGAUUGCCACCCAGGCCGCCGAGCAGGAGAACAAGAUGGACAAGGAAGACGAGAAGACAAAUUCACUCGAUGUCCCCAAGCUUGGACCUAGCAUCAAAUAUACCCCCGAGGUUGAAGAGACCCUCGACGAGAUCGAAGCCAAGCUUGAAGCUGAGAUCAAUCACAUUCCUGCUGUCCACGAAAAACAUGCAGAGUCCCCCGCUUUGACUGAACUCGAUACCACCUUGCCCCAUGCCCGGGCUGAGUGA